AUGGCAUCGGCCAUAGCUCUCUCUCUCGCGGCGGCCGCGCUGCUGCAGCCGGUCGUCGGAACAAACACCGGCACGGCGCAUUGUUCUGACGCCUCUUACACGCCUGGUUCCGUCUACUUCACGGAGCAGUGCUACAACGACAUCCAGAACUGCAUCACCAAGCUAUCAGCCAGUCCCUCAACAGUCGACUGCAGUGGCGACAACAUCAGCAUGCAGCAGCAGGCCAACACGGGAGCCGUUGGUUCGGCCCAGAACAGCGACGUCAGCGUCUCUUUCAAGAGCAUGGUUGACCUCUGUCUCUUGAGCGGCUCGACAAGUGCAACCUGGGGCUGGAGCGACAACCAAUGGUACUGGCUCUGGACCAGCGGUGCCUGCUACACCAGCGAGGCUGGAAACGGUGCCAUCAAGACUCGCCCUGCUCCUUACUGUGUGCAGGACCGUGACUCUUCGCUGCCAGACUGCUAUCCUCAGCCCAAGCCUGCUGGAGGCCCAUUGAAGGUUCUCAAGACGGUGAAGACGAAGAAUGGCUUCACCAAGUCCGCUCGAGGCUGGAACACGUAUGGAGCUCAGGCCCUGACCAAUGGCUCCACGCUCAUCCCGUCUUUUGCUGGCCAGUCCGGCCUGUACUACACGCAAAAGUUUGUCGAAACCCAGUGCGGUGUUUUGGCCAACCCCAAGUUCAAGGCUGCUGGCUAUGACAUGUGCAGUCUUGACUCUGGCUGGCAGUCGUUCGACGAGGUCGACAGCCACGGCCGCAUCACCUACAACACGACUCGUUUCAACAUGCCCCAGCUCGGCCCAUGGCUGCACAACAAGGGCUUGAAGUUUGGUCUUUACAUUACUCCCGGUGUGCCCUGCCAGGCUGCCAACAAGACCAUCCUAGGCACUGAUAUUACAGUCGGAUCCGUCUUCAACGGCAACUUUGACCAGAUUCUGUGCCAGUUUGACUACAGCAAGAAUGGUGUUCAGCAGUGGCACGAUUCUACCGUGGCUCUGUGGGCCUCUUGGGGUGUUGACAUGAUCAAGCUCGACUACAUCACCCCUGGCUCUCCCCAAAACGGUGCCAUGCUGGGAUGUCAAAACUCUGACGCCGUCGUGGCUUACCAAAAGGCCAUUGCCAAGACGGGUAAGAAUAUCCGCCUCAACAUCUCGUGGAAGCUUUGCCGUAACGAGACCUGGCUGCCUGUCUGGAAUGGAUUGGCCGAGUCCAUGCGUACCGACCAGGAUAUCAACAACUAUGGCCACGAGACGUUUUUGGCCUGGCAGGUUGCUCAGCGCGCCAUAGACAACUAUCGUCAAUACAUUGGCCUGCAGCUACAGCGAAACCAGCCUCUCACCAUCUACCCUGACAUGGACAACCUGUUCGCUGCUGGCCCUACAAAGCUGGUCGGCGUCAACGACACCAUGCGGACGACCGUCAUGAACCACUGGCUCGGUGCUGGAGCCAACCUGAUUCUCGGCAACGAUCUUACUCAGACUGACGAGCUUGGCUGGAAGCUUCUGACGAGCCGCCAAUCCAUCGCCGCCGCUGACUUUUUCGCCAAGUACCCCAUGCAACCCCGAAACCCUCGUACUGGUAACAACCUUGCUCAGCAGCUGCAGGCCUGGAUCGGUGGACCUAGCGACAACGGCAAGGAGGCUUACGUCUUGAUUGCCAACCUGGGACCCGAUCAGGGCUCUGGAGGCUUCAACACUAAGCUGUAUGGAAGACAGACGGUCACUGUUUCCCUGGCGGCUCUUGGUCUGAGCUGCUCACAGUGGAGGUUUACUGAUGUGUGGUCGGGCAACUCGACAAAGGUGGACAACUACUACACUGCUUACCUGACUGAGGGUGAGUCACAGCUACUGCAUUUGACCAAGAACUAG